UGGGCAGGUCGCAGUCAGUGCCGGGGCAGACACCUACAUCCCCGGAUUGGCCAUCAUGUGCGGAGCCACGACCUCCCUCAUCUUCCUCGGUGUGCAUUUCUUCAUCACCAGGAUCCAGGUGGACGACCCCCUGCAGGUCAUCCCAGUUUACCUGACCAGUGGAGCCUGGGGCCUCCUGUACGCAGGCCUGUUCUCAGACCAGGGCGUUCUGGGUGGCAGAGGACAGCAAGGGAUUCGCAACAAUGGCGUCGCCAUGCUGGUGCUGUUCCUGUGGGCGGUGGCCAUCAUGCACCCCCUGUUCUGCGUCUUUAAGUUCUUCAGGGUGCUGCGGGUGCCUCGCUUCAUGGAGAAGCACGGGAUCGAUAAGUACAGGCAUGAACUGAGACACCCCCACGGCACCAGGAAGUGGCUCAACUAGGACUGACCCUCGGGGCAGAGUGAGAGCAGGCCAGGACAGGCCCCGCAGAAGGAACAGCCCACCUCCCACGCUGUCAGCACACAGCCUCUCCCCUUUGUUUCCACCAGGAGCCAGCCCAGGGCAGUCAGGGCUGGUGCGGUGUCUGUACAUCUCAGAAACCUGGCAGCUGUAUACCCCAGACCAGUGCCGGCUGGUAACGUACUGGCAGGGAGUUUCCAACACCCCCUGCAGACAUAUCUCCAUUUCCCAGAAUGUUCCAAAAACAAACUGAAGCAAUAGGCAAGUAAUCUUAUCUUACCAUUUGCAUUUCAUUUCCUCUGCGGGUUAUUCCUAGUAUUUUAGCGGUAUCUGGUGGGUUAAGGUGCUGGAGGGGGUAUCCUUUCAGUGACCCCAUUGUCGAAAACCAUUAGCUACUGACGCAGAGAGCGCAUUUUGUAGUAUGCUUUCUAAAGACUUUUCUCUCUCUUCCAAGUUCAUUUUUGCUCAGGGCUUUAUUUCAACAAUUCUUGCUGAUUUACUAUAGAUCCUCUUUUUUAUUAAAAAUGUCUGUGAAGAGUUCAAAGUAGCAGUGUCCUGGAGUGGAGAAUGGCUUUGGAAGGGUUUUGUUGGUCCUGAGGGAAAACAAGGGCAAUUUUCAGUGUAUUUUUUCCACUUUUUCCUUGACCCUUUCAAGUUAGUUCCCUUGUCUAUAUGAAUGAGUUCUGGGGUGUUUUUGACUUCAUUGUGUUGCGAGUCGAGUUGCUAAUGAAAAGCACAACUGGUAUUUACGAAACGGUUCUUAAUGAAAUUGUGGUUUUAUUUUCUGUACACAAAUAAAAAUCAGCCCUGCUGCCUGCAGAGAA